GCUCGUAACUAUCGGCAGGCGCUUUCAGUGCUUGGAACAUUUUUAAUUGUCGUCGUUCACUUCUAAUACGAUCUCUGUACAAGCUACACCUUUUUUGAUUAAAUUAAUUUUGCAUGUAUAUAUUUGGGCAUUUGAUUUACACCACAUAUCCUCUAAAGAUAUGACAUGGUGGCCCAUGAGGGGAAAAUAAAGAAGAAUCCGCGAAAUAAUCAAGAUUAAUGUACAACAAUUAAAUACGACAUCGGCCGGCGCGACGAGUAACGGAUCUUCAACAUCGCAGUUCAAGUCUAGAGGAUUGCUGUUGUAUUCUGGAGCUACCAGGGGAUGUCUAAAGUCACCAGGCUUCAAGAAACGAGGAUCUCCAAACCAGGGUUCGACCAGUGAAACGGCUAAAGUUCACAUCGAGCAGUUACGUUCGCACGCCGCCACCCAAAGAUAAGUGUCUAUCCUUCAUAUAUUCCAAUAAUCCUGACAACAGGCAAUAUAACUAUUUAAAAUAUAUCUCCAUUUGUGUAAAUCAAGUGAUUUCAAAACUAUAAUUACGUCUAAAAACCUAAAAUUAGUGCAAAAGGUGCAUUGCAUCAGAUUCUAUACCUACCCGAAACAUAAAAAAGUGAACAAAGAACUUUGCAAUUAACUUUGCAAUUUUAGAUUAUUUUACUUAAAUUCGAUAUAAAAGUCUUUCAAUAUUACAAAGUUGACAAUAAAACUUAAUAAUCAUCAUUACAUUUACAAGUUUUGAACAUUUAUUAGUAUAACUAAAGUGAAAGUUAUAAUAUUUUUCGUAUUGAAUUCAAUUUAAUUUAGGUUCCGUUUUCCUUAUCUUUGUUUACAAGAUCUUUAGCAUUAUUUGCCGACUAUUCCAGGGCAAUACUAUUUAAAAUCGCCGUGCGCCGCUGGCAUCGUUUGCAAAUAAACUCCGUGGCUCGGCACCGGCCGGGAGGAGUCUGCUGAGCGUGCGCAGCCGGUUUCCCUGUCAUCGGCAAGUACCACCAGAACGAGGAACGUGAGCCAUUCUAUUAUAUUUUUUAUUGCAUUACUAUCUAAAUAACUAAGUAGAUACAGUUACUAGCAAAAAUGUCAAAUGAAACUGAAAAGGCAGAUAAGUUAAUGCUGCUUCAAUUAUCUAGAAAAAGGGCUUCCGCCAAAGGACAAAUUACUAAAUUUGGAAAAUAUUUAGAUAGUAUUGCACCAAAGACGGAGUUGGAUAAUGUUCAAUUAACCGAGUUAAAUUUAAAACUCGCAAAGUUUGAGGCUUUGUCCGUCAAGGUUGAUGAAUUGCAAAGUGAAAUAGAGGUUUUAAAUUUUGAAAAUAUUUCGGCUGAAAUUGAAGAACGUGACCUCAUGGAGCACGAAAUAAUAGUAAAUAUUGCCACGGCAAAAAAUUUGGUCGAAAGAUUUUCUAAAAAAAUUGAAUGCGAAAAGAGGCGCAUUUCCGCGCAUAAUACGUCAUAUUGUGAUGAUCCCACUCACUCUCACGAAAUAGGGUUGAAAUUACCUCAAAUACAGAUUGCCAAAUUUGAUGGCGCAUAUUUUCGUUGGUUAGAGUUCCGCGAUACUUUUGAAAAUUUAAUACACAAAAAUGAGCGUAUUUCAGAUAUCCAUAAAUUCCAUUAUCUCGUGUCAUAUCUACAGGGUGAUGCGGCUAGGAUCAUUUCAAAUUUGGAAGUGUCAACUGAUAAUUAUGCUGAAGCGUGGAAAAUGAUUUGCAAUCGAUAUGAUAACAAAAGAAUAUUAAUUAAUCAUCAUUUAAAUUCAUUGUUCAAUAUUAAACAACUUCCACGGGAAACAGAGCGAUCUUUGCGAUUUUUGGUUGAUCACGUGACCAAAAACUUGCGUGCCUUAACUAGCCUAGGCCAGCCCACAGACAAGUGGGACGUAUUGAUAAUAUUCAUGCUGUCCUCUAAGUUAGAUAGCAAUACGUUGCUAAAAUGGGAAGAAUACCGCAACAAUUUAGAAGGUGAUGUACCCACUUUAGAACAAUUUUAUAAAUUCAUGAUCGAUCGUGCUGAUGUACUCGAAUCGUUAAAUCGUAACAAUAAAUCAGAUGUUUCUAGUGUGUCAAAGACGCCUAGCGUUCCUUCUCGUUCUACAACGAAUAAUAAUUACGGUCAAAGACCAGUUCAAAAUAAUUACGUCAAAUCGUUUGCAAGUUCAACCAAUAAUAAUAACAAUAAAAAACAAAACAUAUUUGCAUGUGUUAUUUGUAGUGAGCGUCAUAGGAUUUAUGAUUGCCCUACUUUUAAGGCGAAAGGGGUUGACGAGCGAAUGAUGGAUGUGUCAAAAUAUAAACUGUGCAUAAAUUGUUUGAGACAAGGUCAUGUUGAGAGUGAAUGCCGCAUGGGUCCAUGCCGCGAGCACGGCUGCACCGAGCGACACAAUAGUCUUCUCCACCGUCCAUCUCCCUCCUCAAGCCACCUCGCUCAAGUAGACGAAGAAGAAGCAGUACACGUCAAUUAUGCUUAUCAAAAUACAAAUCAAGGCCGUCGAGGUUGGUUAUCCACGGCAAUUAUUGAAGUCGAGAAUCCAGUUGACCAUCAAAAAUUAAAAAUUCGUGCAUUUUUAGAUAAUGGAAGCGAGUCGUCUUUUAUUACUGAGUCUCUUAAGGCCAGACUGUCAUUGAAACCCCGCUCACUUGAAAGUUUAAAUGUUAUAGGCAUGGGCGACACUCCUUCUAAACAUACCAUAAAAGGAACUUGUGAUGUUCAAUUAAAUUCAAUAAAAAAUAAGUUUAGUGCUAUUUUAUCUUGUUACGUCAUGGACGAACUUACCGGUCGUAUACCAAAGGCGCCCGUCGAUAUUACCUCUUUCAAUUUACCUCAAAAUAUUGAGUUGGCUGAUCCAAUGUUUUAUCAGCCAGGCCCUAUAGAUGUUGUUAUAGGUGCUGAUAUAUUCUGGGAUAUUUUAGGACACGAGGAAAUUUCCCUAGGACCAAAUAACCCAAAAUUAAGAAGUUCAAAGUUCGGUUGGAUAGUAUGUGGCCGUAUAAACUCAGCUGUAUCUAGCAAAAAGAUACUCUGCAAUCAUGCUAUAAUUUCUUCAACUCAAAAUGAAAAUAUUGAAAAUCUAGUGUCAAAAUUCUGGGACUUGGAAGAAGUUCCCAAAAAACAAAUCUUAAGUAAACAAGAAAGUGAAUGUGAAAAACACUUCCUCACUCAUACUAUAAGGGAUGAGGAAGGACGAUUUUGUGUCAAUUUGCCAUUAAAGGAAUCUGUAGAUUGUUUAGGUGAUAGUCAUAAUACUGCCAAAAAACGAUUUCUGAAUUUAGAGAAACGAUUUAAACGAAAUCCUACACUCAAAUGUGAGUAUACAAAGUUUAUUAACGAAUAUGCUGAUCUAGGGCAUCUUUCAAUUUCUAAUCUUGUGCCAAGCCCUAGACCAUCGUACUACCUUUGCCACCAUGCAAUUAUUAAGGAGGAAAGGGAAUCUACCAAGUUGCGGGUAGUUUUUGACGGAUCCUCCCCCACCACUUCCGGUUACUCUCUUAACGACGUGUUGAUGGUAGGCCCUAAUGUUCAAGAUACUCUCUUUUCCAUUUUAAUUCGUGCAAGACAAUACAAGUACCUACUAACUGGCGAUAUCGAAAAAAUGUACCGACAGGUUUUAGUAAGCGAGAGUGACAGGAACUUGCAACUUAUUUUGUGGAGAGAGGACGAGUCAAAACCUAUUCAGACGUUAGUGUUAAACACGUUAACUUAUGGCACAGCUAGCGCCAGUUAUCUCAGUACACGUUGCUUGUGGGAACUAGGGCAGCAACAGGAUGAUGUGUUGAUUAAAACUAUCAUUCAAAAGGACUUUUACGUGGAUGAUUUAAUCACAGGGGCAAAUGAUCCUCAACAAUUAAUAUACAUUCAAAAAUCAGUUUCAAACGCAUUAAAAUCAGGUUGUUUCAAUCUUAGAAAAUAUAAAAGCAAUCAUCCAUCUAUUUUUGAUAAUCUUGACAUAAACAAACAAGACAAUUUAACAAUCAGUGAGUCUUCAAGUACUUUGGGCCUCGGAUGGACCCCUUCAAGUGAUACUUUGCACUUUCCUAUAAAAAUGUUUAGUGAACCUGACGCUGUAAUAACAAAGAGAUUUAUAAUGUCAAAUUCUUUUAAAAUAUUCGACCCGUUAGGUGUUCUGAGCCCAGUUAUUGUUAUUCCUAAGAUUAUGCUUCAAAAAUUGUGGGAGAAAAAAUUAGAUUGGGACUCGCCAGUCCCAUCAGAAAUAAAAAAUGACUGGAUAAGGUUUUCUGGCAAUUUGAAAAUUCUGACUAAUUUAAACAUUCCAAGAUGGGUGCUAGGCGAUUCGCCUAAGCGUAUAGAAUUUCAUUCUUUCAGUGACGCCUCUCAGUCUGCAUAUGGGGCAUGCAUUUAUGUCAAGUCGAUAGGCCCGAAUGAGGAUGUUACUGUCAAAUUGUUAUGUGCAAAAUCAAAAAUUGCACCAAUCAAAUUCACCAGCAUCCCAAGGCUUGAAUUAUGUGCUGCGCUGGUCGCCGCCAAGCUCACGCAAUCCGUUUUAGAGUCCCUCAGAUACAAGCCAGAUAGAAUAGCGCAUUGGUGUGACUCGAGCGUAGUCUUAGGAUGGAUCAAAGGUGAUAUAAGUAGACUAAAAACAUUUGUUGCCAAUCGUAUUGGUGAAAUAGUUGAGCUUACUUCGCCACAAUCAUGGAGGUACGUUCCUACAGAUUUAAAUCCCGCAGAUUUCAUUUCGCGUGGUGUUGACCCAAAAAAUAUAAUGUCGUUGGAUCUUUGGUGGUCAGGUCCCAACUUUCUGCUCAAAAAUGAAGACGAUUGGCCUGUCUUGAAAGUUAAAGAUUCCGAACCUCUGCCUGAACUGAAAGUGCAUUCCGCAGUAAUAAGUGAACCAAUAGUUGAUUUCGAAAGAUUCUCUUCUUGUAAUAGACUUAUUAGAUCGUUUGCGUACGUACAAAGAUUCAUAUUCAACACUAAAAAUAGUAUCAAGCGUACUGGCAUAUUAACAGCUGAUGAAUUGCGUGAAUCUUGGCAUUCGUUAUGUAUUAUUGCUCAAAGUCAAUCUUUCUCAGACGAAUAUGAAUCACUUUUAAAUAAUAAACCUAUAAGUAAUAAAAGCAAAAUAUUGUGUUUGUCCCCAUUUUUAGAUAAUAAGAUAAUGCGUGUUGGAGGGCGCCUAGACGCAACAGAUUUUUACUCUUUUGAUAAAAAACACCCCAUUUUACUUCAUGCAUCGCAUAGACUGACAAGGCUUUACUUUGAAAGAGAACACAUCGUCAAUAUGCACGCUGGUCCUCUCUUGUUAUUUUCAACCGUAAGAGAAACAGUUUGGCCAGUAAACGGACGUCACCUCGCCUGGCGUGUUGUAAAUAAUUGUGUUAGGUGUAGACGUCUACGAGGUAAAACCCUACAACCUAAAAUGGGUAACUUACCAUCUCAACGGAUUACUCCCGACUAUCCCUUCUUGUCAGUCGGGCUGGACUUCGCUGGUCCUUUUACUAUCAUUAACCGCAAGGGCCGUGGAAGUCGUUUGAUUAAAUGUUACUUGUGCUUGUUUGUCUGUCUUCGUUAUAAAUGCAUCCACCUCGAAGCUGUUAGCGAUUUAACUAAGGAUGCGUUCAUAAUGACUCUUCGACGUUUUAUAGCGCGUCGAGGCAGACCUACUGAGAUUUUUAGUGAUAAUGGGACUAAUUUUGUAGCUGCCGCAAAGGAAUUAGGGUCAUUUAUCAAACAAAACCAAGAACCUCUUUUUGAUUUUGCAAGUCAAAACCUUAUAAAGUUUAGGUUCAUUCCGGCUUACACUCCUCAUUUUGGUGGACUAUGGGAAGCCGGCGUUAAAUCGGCUAAACAUCAUAUAAAGCGUGUUAUGGGUAAUAGUCACCUCACUUUUGAGGAAAUUUCUACUUUAUUUACACAAGUGGAAUCUAUUUUAAAUAGUCGGCCAUUAUGCCCGUUGUCAUCGUGUCCCAAUGACCUCCUUUCCCUAUCCCCUGGACACUUUCUUAUCGGAAGGCCGCUAACUGCUCCACCAGCGCAAUACUUGGGUGACUCUAAGGAAAACUACCUCCAACGCUAUGAACGCCUGGAAAAAAUACAACAGCAUUUCUGGCAGCGAUGGCAGCGCGACUACCUAUCAGAAAUGCAGCAAAGGACUAAAUGGAAGAGCAACGCUGCCAAGCUGAGCGUCGGAGAUAUGGUGCUUCUGGCAGAAGAUAACGCUCCCCCUCUGUCAUGGAGGCUCGGCCGUGUUCUACGCCUCAUCACUGGGUCCGAUGGAUUAGCCAGAGUGGCAGACGUCACCACAAACAGAGGCUGUGUGCGUCGCUCUCUUGUGCGUUUGUGUAAGCUUCCGACAGCCGAAGAGCUUCGAGGUUGAAAAGCAAGUUUUCAACGGCCGGGAGUAUGUACAGGCUCUGGAGCCUAUGUUAAAAAGACAGUGAUAAGUGUGGUUCGUGAAGUUUGCUCGUAACUAUCGGCAGGCGCUUUCAGUGCUUGGAACAUUUUUAAUUGUCGUCGUUCACUUCUAAUACGAUCUCUGUACAAGCUACACCUUUUUUGAUUAAAUUAAUUUUGCAUGUA